GGCUCGACAGCGGGCACCGCGUCAUCUGGCAAGGCAGUGGGCUCCGAGUCAACUGGCAUGACCGCGGGCACUGGGUCAGACAUUGGAUCGUCUGGCUGGACAGCGGGCAUCGGGUCACCAGGCAUCAGGUCAUUUGGCUCAACAGCGGGCACCGCGUCAUCUGGCAAGACAGUGGGCACCAAGUCACCAGGCACGACAGUGGGCUCUGACUCAAUUGGCACGACAGCGGGCACCGGGUCAUCAGGUACCGGAUUGUCUGGCUCGACAGCGGCCAUCGGGUCACCAGGCAUCAGGUCAUUUGGCUCACCAGCGGGCACCGCGUCAUCUGGCAAGGCAGUGGGCACCGAGUCACCAGGUACGACAGCGGGCUCUGAGUCAAUUGGCACGACAGCGGGCACCGGAUCAGGUACCGGAUCAUCUGGAUCAACAGCGGGCAUCGAGUCAACUGAC